AGCCACUACAAAGAAAUUUUGGAAGCUUUCUUUCAUGGAAAUAGUGUCUAUGUAUAAAACAAAAAUGACAAACCACAAAAGAGUAGCCCUCACAGUAUCGUAAUUACCUGUGGCAUGUUUAUGAGGGAAACAACCAAAUGGCUUGUACUCAGCUUCAUUAGCAUCCAGUGGCCUCGGGUUAUGUGAUAAGGGGUGCGUCAGGGCUUAGAAGACACCUUUAGCCAACCUUUUCAUUGAUCGUUCCGUUUCAGCGCUUUUUGGAUAUUUAAGUCCACUUUCGUUGCUGUAACCCUAGCGGAUGCUAUUAAAGGAUAUACCUUUUAUGUCAGUUUUUUGUCAUGGUAAUAGCAUCCAUGGUUUUAACAAUAUAAAGGGUUAAGCGCACAGAAAUGUCAUUGUGGUCGAGUAGUUUUAUUUUCUAACUUGGCAUCAGAUAUGACCCAUAAUCCUUAGCUUUCUUAUAUACCUUUAUGAAUAAAGUUGCAGAGUUGCAUCAACAACGGCCCUAUUGUUAACAAAAAUUCUGAAACUUAGUGUUAGUCUACCACUAGAGAUCAAAUGGUUAAUGGGUUAUUCGGACCCACCUGGAUAUUUUGAUGGUCUGAAAGUUUUUAUUGAAAUACGGUUCUGUAAAGCCAGUUAAUCCAGAGAUAUGGAUGAUGUUUGUGGCCUGUAAGGUGAUGUGGGGAGGAGUGGCGUCCAUGGAUCAUUUUCUAAUGAAGUUCUUCCCAAACUUGUACAAGAGAAAGUACUCCCACACAGAGACAUAUGGAAACAAUUACUGCAGAUAUGAUAAUCAAAAUCUGGGCCUGUUCAAUUCAUCGUUAUAUGUUGCAGGUCUCUUUGCUUCGCUGUGUGCAUCUUAUGUGACUAGAAAAUAUGGACGAACGAAUAGUAUUGUCCUUGGAGGCAUCAGUUGCCUGUUAGGUGUAGCUCUUGAAGCUGGGGCCAUAAACCUGAGCAUGCUUUUCACCGGACGCAUUAUAUAUGGCGUGGGAAUUGGCUUUGGAAAUCAGGCAAUCCCGGUUUACAUUUCAGAGUUGGCCCCUGCAAAUCUCCGGGGUGGAUUGAACAUGAUGUUCGAAGUAGCGAUAACCUUUGGGUUCUUCACUGCAAGCAUGAUAAACUAUGGAACCCAGAAAAUAAACCAUUGGGGAUGGCGUCUCUCUUUGGGUUUAGGUGCAGUUCCUGCACUAAUAUUGACUGUUGGAGGGAUAUUAUUUCUCCCUGAGACCCCCAAUUGCCUCAUAGAGCAAGGUCAUGUGGAGAAAGGCAGGGCUUGUUUAGAAAAAAUUAGAGGGACAAAGAAUGUUCAAGCUGAAUUUGAAGACAUGAUGGACGCAAGAGAAUUGGCUAAAGUAAUAAAAAAUCCAUAUAGGAACAUUUUAAAAAGAACAAAUCGUCCACAACUGGUCAUGGCAAUCUGCAUGCCAGCAUUUCACAUUUUGACUGGUAUUAAGACAUUACUGUUCUAUGCUCCUAUACUAUUCCAGAGUUUGGGACUUGGGGAGAAUUCUUCUCUCUAUUGUUCUGUAUUGACUGGAAUUUUGCCCCUGUUUGCGGGGCUCUUUUCUAUGGCCACAGUAGACAGAUGGGGGCGCAGGGCCUUGCUACUUUGGGGAGGAAUUGUGAUGAUGAUAUGCCAGGCAACAAUGGGUAUAAUAUUGGGCUUGAAGUAUAAAGCAGAUACACUCUCAAAUAAGUUGUUAGAGCUAUUGGUAAUCAUUUCAUGUAUAUUUGUUGCUGCUUUUGGGUGGUCCUGGGGCCCUCUUGGAUGGACUGUGCCAAGUGAAAUCUUUCCAUUAGAAACACGCUCCGCUGGACAGGCCAUUACUGUGUCUGUGAACCUUCUUUCAAUGUUUGCAAUUACUCAAUCCUUUCUACCCCUUUUAUGUGUUUUCAGAUAUGGGAUCUUCCUAUUCUUUGCAGGUUGGAUCUGCAUUAUGACAGUCUUUGUAUACCUCUUCUUGCCAGAAACCAAAGGUGUACCCAUUGAAGAAAUGAUCUUUCAGUGGAGAAAACACUGGUUUUGGAAGAAAAUUGUGCCACCUACUGAAACUGAAGAAGCAAAAGAGAAAAAUGAAGAUCCCCUAGAGUGGAUUCAUAACUUAAUUUGGGAGAUUUCAUCCCGCUAUACUGCUCACUAGAAGUCCAAUGGCAUAUGAUCUAUCCCCACUUUAUUGCCCUUGUUUAAUUUAAUUCAACAGUGAAUUUCUUACAAAGAUGUAACUUCUUUUUGUCAGCCUGAUUGUAAGCCCUUUAGGGCAUAAUCUCUGCCCACCUUAUUAUGUUUUUGUCCAAAGAUGUAACCUCUUUUUGGAGCUCAAUAAGUCCAAUCGGUAAUGAUAUAUGCCCACCUUCCCAUCUGCAAGACUAAAGAUGUAAAUCUCUUUUCAGGUCAUCAUGUCCCAUAGGAUGUAACCUUCCCCUUAUUUGUGUCAUGACAAUUAAAGUUUCCAACUCCCAUGCUAGGAAGUAAUUGAGCAGUAACAUCAAACAGAUAGUCUGACUAUCCAAAGAUGCAGUCUUCAUUUUUGUCUACUCAAUAGAAAUCCAUUGUUUUUAUAUCUA